AUGAAAAUUACUACCAGUCAAACCAGUAGAGGAAUAUCCUGGACAUUUCAACAGUCACUAGAAGAUCUUAUCUUUGCAGAUGAUAUUGCUCUACUAUUACAGGGAUACAAAAAUAUUCAAAGCAAAACUGAUGACCUGGUCAAGUAUGGCAGACAAAUUGGACUUACCGGUAAGAUGAAUGUAAACAAAACAAAGUUAAUGAAGAUAAAUACAAAGAUAGAUAAAGAAGUCACAGCAAACAACAACAGAAUAGAAGAAGGAGACAAUUUUAUAUACCUUGGAAAUAAGAUCACAGCCAAUGGAGAUUCCACCAUGGAUGUAGAAAAUAGAAUUUCAAAAGCCCGUGACAUCUUUGAAACAUCUGAAAAUCCUCAAUUAUCAGAUCCAAAACCAAAACUAAGGAUAUUCAAAACAAAUGUCAUUGGAGUCCUUCUCUAUGGAUCUGAGUCAUGGAAGGUGACAAAGAACAUCUCGCAAAAACUGGAUACCUUCCAAACAAGAUGUCUCCAUAGAAUACCCAAGAUAUUCUGGCCAAACAAGAUCACCAAUGAGGAGCUGUAUGAAAGAACACUGCGCAACACAGCUGCUAUAUCUGACCAGAUUAAAGAAAGACAAUGGAAAUGGAUUGGCCAUGUGAUGAGGUUGAAACCAUCAAAAAUACCAAGGGUAGCCCUAAGAUGGACUCCACCAGGAAAGAGAAACAGAGGGCGACCAAAGGAGACAUGGCGACGAUCGGUUGAAAAGGAAAUGAAUGAUCAGGUGUGGACUUGGGGCACUGUACAGACAAUGGCAGCAGACAGACAAAGAUGGAGGUCCUCGGUGCAAGCCUUAUGUUCUCAAAACACGAAGAGGAAUAAGUAA